AUCUUAAUCCGCUGUUUUUAUAUUUGUUUCCAAGUAUAUAUGUAAUAAACUAAUAAUUUUUAGGUUUACACAACAUGAGGAAGUUUAGAAGAGCUCAAGUGCAAAAUCAAGCUUCCAUCGCAAAACAUUUGGGGGCACAUAAAUUUAGAAAUUUGGAAUCUUCUAGUAGUUACGAUGAAAACGAACAAGUAUUAGAAACUACAGUCAAAAAAGUUUUAUCCAGCUAUCAAUCCGAAGGUGGUGAUGUUAAAAAAAUCUUGUCAUAUUUAACUGAAACUUUUCAAUCAGGAGGAGCUGUCUGCUUAAUAUGCAUAUCAUCUGUUAAAAAAUCUUAUGCGAUUUGGAAUUGUGCAGAAUGUUUUACUUUUAUGCACUUACCUUGCAUUCAACAUUGGGUAAGGGAUAGUUUGAGUUCUAAACAUGAGAAAGGAAUUAUAUCAUUAUGGGGAUGCCCUAAAUGCAGAAAAGAAUAUGGAGAAGAUCAAAUACCAAAAAAAUAUACAUGCUUCUGUGGAAAAACUGAAGAUCCAUCAUAUCAACCAUGGUCAAUUCCUCAUUCUUGUGGAGACAUAUGUGGCAAGUUGCUUCUACCAAAAUGUGGACACAAAUGCAUGCUUCUAUGUCACCCUGGCCCAUGUCCUCCAUGUCCAAAAAUGGUGUCAGUUACCUGUUUUUGUGCAAAACAAUCACCUUGCCCAUGGAGGUGCAAUGCAAAAGAGUGGUCCUGUGGAAUAAUUUGUAAUAAUAAAUACAAAACAUGUGAACAUGCAUGUGUUGAAAAUUGUCAUCCUGGACCUUGUCUCCCUUGUGCCGAAAAAGUGCUCACUGCCUGCAAUUGCAAGAAUAAAUCUGAAUUAAAAAAAUGUAAUGAGGCAUUUUGGCAGUGCAACAAAGUUUGUAGAAGACGUUUGUCAUGUAAUGUUCAUGUUUGUAAAGACUUCUGCCACAAUACUGGUGAUUGCAAUACUUGUCCAUUAGAACAAAAUAGAACUUGCCCUUGUGGUAAGAAAAGAUAUGCUAUAACAUGCAAACAGCAGCAAGUACCUACAUGUUGAGACACUUGUGGAAAAUUAUUGGAUUGUGGAGCUCAUUAUUGCAAUAUGAGAUGCCAUACAGAAUGCUGUGGUCCUUGCUUAGAAGUUGUAACAAAAUUGUGUCGUUGUGGUAGUUUUAGUAAAGAACUUUCAUGUACUAAGGAAUUUCACUGCAAUAAAAAAUGUUCUCAAAUGAGACUUUGUACUAGACAUCUUUGCAAUAAGAAAUGCUGUGAUUGUUUGGUCAAAAAAACUUUUAAGGCCUGUGAAAAAGUAUGUGAUAACAAUCUAAACUGGCGUAAGCAUAAAUGCUCUGCUCCUUGUCACAAUGGACCUUGUUACCCAUGUCCUUGUACUAUUGUUAUGCCAUGUCGUUGUGGUAAAAGCAAAAUUACUGUACCAUGUGGAACAAAUAAAAAAAUCAAACCUCCAAGUUGCAACAAGAUGUGUAAAAUUCCUCCGAUCUGUCAUCAUCUUAAAAGAGAGUCUCACAAGUGUCAUCAAGGAGCCUGUCCACCAUGUCGUAAAACGUGUAAAUUAAUACAUAAAAAAUGUGGUCAUGCUUGUGAAGCAAUAUGUCAUACUAAAGUUUGGACUAAAGUCAAACCUAAUGGAGUAACUAAACCUAUUGGACCAUGGGAAAAUCAUAAAGAAAAAUGGGAAUAUCAGUCCUUAUCAUGUCCUCCUUGUGAAGUCUUUAUAAUGGUCACAUGCCUUGGAGAACAUGAAACUCUGCCAUGGCCUUGCUACAAAGCUGUUUCAACUUCUUGUUUUAGAGAGUGUGGUAAAUUAUUAAUGUGUACAAAUCAUUAUUGCGAAAAACUUUGCCACAAGUUAAACUCAUUGGAUGAUGAUGAUGAGGAUAAGUGUAUGGAAUGUGAUAAACCAUGUAGUUUUCCAAGACCUAAGGGAUGUACACAUGCUUGUCCUAAAUUAUGUCAUUCUAUUCCGUGUGAACCAUGUAAGCAGCUAGUAAAAAUUGUUUGUCUCACUUCUGCCACCACUGAUAAACGCAACGAACUUCUGCAGUGUGGAAUUCAGUGUCCUCAAAAUUAUCCGUGUGGCCACCGAUGUACUGAUAAUUACCAUCCUGGAUUAUGUAAAAAAGCUCAAUUCUGCAGUAAAAAAGUUAAAAUCUUUUGCAAUUGUAAACGAUUCAAAAAAUAUUUUUCUUGUAACAUAGUACAAGCUGGAAAACUUUAUGUGGAAUGUGAUUCAUUAUGUCAAAAAAGAAAAGAGGAAUUAGAUAAAAUUAGACAAAACCGAGUUGAAAAAAAACAAAAAGAGGAAGAACAGAAAAAUUUAAAGGAAAUAGAAAUAUUUGAAAAAAAAUUUAAACCCAAACGAAGAGGAAAAGAGCAUCAUCUUAAUAAAAAGCUCUGAAACAAUAAAACUGGUUCUUGUAAGUUGAUGUGGAUGUUUACAGGGCUUGCAAUUGGAAUAUCUGUUGUAGUAAUGUUAAUAUUCCAAAACAAUUUGUAAGAAUUUUUUUUCAUAGAUGCAAUAUUAAAAACUGCUGCCAAUUCUUCGGCACGUAGCUUCCUCCAACUGAAGUUAUAGUUUUAAUACAUAAAAUGUUGUUCAAAUAUACAGUAUUGUCUUGUCUUGAAACUGUGGGAA